ACCGCAACCACGAAUCGAUAGCCAAAAUCACCAUGAUUCGAAUGCAGGUAGCUGGGCUACUCCCGCGCAGCGGCUACCGCGCGCCUCUACGCCGAGCAUUCCAAACAGCUGCUGCAUCCGCUACACGCUUAUCUGAUUUUGCAUUCGCUUUCGAUAUCGACGGAGUGCUUCUUAGAAGUGCUGACGCCUUGCCACGAGCCCACAAGACUCUGUCAUAUCUCCAAUCGCAGCGCAUUCCCUUCAUCCUCCUUACAAACGGUGGUGGCAAACAUGAGUCUGAGCGUGUCGCGGAUCUAAGCAGCAAGCUCAACGUGCCUAUCGAUACAUCCAUGUUCAUCCAGAGCCACACCCCCUUCGCCGAUAUGGAUCACCUUAAAGAUAAAACUGUUAUGGUAGUUGGUGGGGUGGAAGACAAGUGUAGGAUAGUUGCUGAGGCGUACGGUUUUAAGACAGUAGUCACUCCAGGUGACAUACUAGUUGCUAACCCAGAGAUAUGGCCCUUCUCUCAGCAAUUGCUUCCAUACUACAAGACCUUUACACGCUCGCUGCCGGCUCCCAUCAAUCCUAGCACACCGUCAGAAUCGCUCCGGAUCGAUGCGGUCUUCGUCUACAACGACCCCCGCGACUGGGGCUUGGAUGCGCAAAUCAUAAAGGACGUUUUGCUGUCAGAACGGGGUAUUGUUGGAACACUGUCUCAGAAGAACGGUGAUGCUGCUUUGAAGAAUCGUGGGUAUCAGCAGGAUGGUCAACCCAUGCUCUAUUAUUCAAAUCCAGACCUGCUGUGGGCAGCCAAGUACCACCUUCCGCGAUUGGGCCAGGGAGGGUUCCGUGAAGCUUUCGAGGGUAUAUGGACAGCGAUAACUGGCGGUGAGAAGCAGGGUGUCAAACUAGAAAAGGUCGUGAUGGGAAAACCGCACCAGCCUACUUACGAGUUUGCUGAAAAGCGCCUAAUUUCACAUCGAAAGCAUCAGAUGCAGGGUUACGGUGGCGCUCUUGGAAAUUUCAAGCGCGUAUACAUGGUUGGCGACAAUCCUGCCAGUGACAUUGCUGGCGCCAAUAAUUACAAGAGUAUAUAUGGCACAGAUUGGGCUAGCAUCUUGGUGGAGACAGGUGUCUACACAAAGGGUACAACACCGGCGUCUCAGCCGCGCAAGAUUGUCGGCGAUGUAUGGGACGCUGUCGCGUGGGCUGUUGCACAAGAGAAGUGGACAUCUUGAGAUUAUAGCUACGCUUGAAUGUGCUACCACAUAGAUCCUUCACCGAUCCAUAUAAGCUCAAUGCUGCAUUAAAUAUCAAUUAAAACAGGGGACAUGCAUUAAGCCA